AGAGACAGACAUCCGGAAGGAAGUGAUGCAAUCAUCUUAACUAAGAUUACUUAUAUACAGUGGCUGUAGGAGUUUGUUACUACAACGUAUCCAUACAUCGUGCUUUUACAAUCUCAACUGCCAGCUUCCAUCUGUGGCUCAGUAUAGACGCCGACUGCUUCUGUUUGCUGCUAAAGGACCACUAACUUCUCCACAGCUCCGAAUCUAACAGACAACAAACAGAAUGAAGGUCACUAUCAUAACAUUUUGCCUGAUUGGUGCAGUUUUUGCCAACCCAAUUCCAUACAAUGUCAUUUCGGAAUCAAGUGCUCUUGACUCAAAAACGAGUGAAAGUUCGUCUCUUUCACAAUCGUCUGAAAAUGACACAUCAGAGCUUCAGAGCUCUGAAGAAAAUACCUCAGAUCAAAGUUCAGAGUCUGAAUCAUUAGAAUCACUAUCAGAGGACAAGACAUCAGUGGAGAGUAACGAUCAAUCAGUUGAGGAUGAUCAGACAGACUCACAACCCAUAGUUGAAACCAGAGAUAACAGUAUGGGAAGUGAGGAGAAUGUUCGAAAGAGUUGGGCUCAAGUGUUUGCAAGUGCUGUCAAAGUCCUGAGUGCAGAGGACAACAGCAGCACAGAGGUCAAAGGUCAACACCUGAACAUCGAGCUGACUGAGAAACAACCCACUCCCACCUCAACCGGCAACACUUUCAAACAGUGGACGAUUACUCUUCAGGGACGCACGAACCUGCCAAAAGCAGAGAGCCCCUCUGACAGCAGUGACACUACGAGCGACAGCUCAGACUCCAGUGACAUUACUGCGGUUACAGCUGUCAGCAGUGAGAGCAGUGAGAGCAGUGAGAGCACCAGCAGUGAAAGCAGCGGGACUGAGGAGACGAGUGAUUCUAGUGAGAGCACAGAGGAUUGUGAUGCCAAUGACAGCACUGAGAUGAAACAAAUCAAAGCCAAAGACUGUGUAAAUGGAACCCAGAGCUGUGAAAGUGAAGAGUAUUUCUUCCAGGAUAUAGGAGAUGAUGCCCAUUUCUCAGUGUAUAAUCUGAUGGUGCCCAAUGAGAAUGAAAGGGAGUUAAGUCUAAGGAGAUGAUGACAUACACUUCUUCAGCUUUAUGUUUCCUACUGUGAACUCCAAAACCAUUAAAUUACCUGCUUGAACUCUUCAGGAUAAUUAAUUUGUUUGUCUAUUGCUGCUGAAUGUUGACUUUGGCUUUAUGAUGUUACCUGCAGCUGACUUUGUGUGUGUAUAUGAUUAUCGUGGUGAUGGCAAAGCCUAGUAUUCACUUUGUUACUUAUAUUUCCUUUGUCAUAAUAGGCCUAAUAAACAAAUGAUA